AUGCGCGGACAACAAUGGCAUGGCCUGGUGGCCAUUGCUACCCUUGGGAGCUACGGUCUUGCGAAUCCUCUUGGGUAUUGGAGCGCGCUAGGAAAUGCAAGCUUGAACACCCAGCGGUUGAUGGGAAGAGAUGAUGCAGAAUUCGACCCGUCAGAUCUUUCCUUUAUCACAAAGAUGGCCGCCGUCGGCGACUCCUACUCGGCUGGAAUUGGUGCUGGCAAUAAGCUUGGAUCUCUAUCAGAUCUGGGUGCUUGGUAUUGCAGUCGCUAUGAUGAAUCGUACCCUAAUAUUAUCAACAACGAUGACCGGCUAGGCGACUCAUCGGCACGCACGUUUCAGUUCGAGUCAUGUUCUGGCGCAGUUAUAUCUGACGUUGUCAAGAAACAGAUUCCGAGAAUCGAUGGGGGCCAGCAGGUCAUCUUGCUAUCAGCCGGUAUAUAUAUACUCAUGCACCUUCCUACGAACACAACUAACAUCAGUGAGGUACCAGGCGGCAAUGAUGCUGAGCUUUCAAACAUCCUGAACCAGUGUAUCUUCCAAUGGUCCGCGUUGACCCCCAGUCAAGUAGCAUUGGCAAAUACAGCUCUUGAUAAGUCUGAAUUUGCAUGGAAGGAUCUUAUUGAUUUGGAAGGAUUGAGCAUUGGGUGCGAUGGACAAUUGGCGCACACGAAAACGUUCGUUGCUGGAGAUGCCUUCAGCAAGAGCCUUGACUCUGUUAUCUCGGCGGCCAAACUAAAGCUAGCCCCAGACUAUGCCAAAUUUUUUGCCGAAGAUCUAACAUCCGCGUGUGAUCAAGUGACCUGGGCAACCUGGAAUCAUGUGAGUAGCAUGCCAGCGACGUUCAGCACGGUACUAAUCGUCACCCAGAAAACCAUCAGCAGAUUCCAGGACCUAGAGCGACUGACGAAGGAUAAUCGAAAGGCAAUGAAUGAUCUUGUCGAUGAUGUCAACUCUCAGAUUUCGGCUGCGGUAAAAAGAGCCGGUGACCAAGUCAAGUUUGUAGACUACGACCAUUACGUCGGUUAUUUUAAUGGCCGCUUUUGUGAAGCUGGCGUUGAUGAAUCAACGACAGAAAGCAACGGAAGAGCCGGUCUCAUGUUCUUUGAGCUCAAUUCACAGGACGUCUUGGGCAGAAAUCCAUGGAAACGAAGCGUGGAAAACUCCCCAGAAGAAUCCUUUGAGGGUAAAAUGAACGCGUUUGCGCAGAUUACACUCUUGUUAGACCCAGACGCCAAGUUCUCACAGCAAAAUUUGGUGUCCGACGCUACCACCGAUUCUGUCACCACCGCCAGUUUGAUGUCGGUCAAAGUUGCCGACUUUUCCUUCGAGGUUCCAAAUCUUCUUCCAGACGGAUAUGGGCGUGUGUUCCACCCCCAACCCUUGCUUCACCACAUCAUUGCCUCGCUGGUCAUAUACGAAAUGACCAACAAGAAUGAGCUGGAUAAUGGCUAUCCAACAAUCCCCGAGCAGGUCUCUUUUGACUCCUGUCCAAAUCCUUCUUCAUCGAACUCAUCAGACUCGAACACCGCUGACGGCCAACAAAUCGCAGUGGCGUCAUAUAUCAAUCCACUAGGAGACCCGGCCGCCUGGGAUCGCCUGGUCAAAUAUGAUCAUGGCAAGAUACCCAUCCUGGUUGCCAACGUCGUCAAUGGUCCGGACUCUACCGUCGACAACAGCUGGACUAAAGUUAUAGACCAAGGUUCAGCUUCUGGUAAAACGGUCCUAGGCUAUGUGCGAACGGGAUACCUUGGCGUGAGCACGCAGAAAUUCGUAACGCGACUUGGCUCAGGCGACUUGGCAGAUUGGACAGCCCAAAUCGAGGAAGACAUCGAUAUGUGGUACACUCUUUAUGGUAGCAGCAUUGGCGGUAUCUUUUUCGACGAGGGUUGGCCCGAAUGUGGUGACAAUAAUCAAUACGUCGACCUCUACAAGCACAUUAACGACUAUACCAAGCGAAACCAUCCCGGAGCAUACACAAUCCUGAAUCCUGGGUCACCUAUGGCGUCUUGUUUCGAGGAUACCAUGGACACACUUCUGACUUUUGAGCUGGAUUACAAUGCAUACGUGAACAAAUACACACCUAACAAUUGGACUCCAAAGGACCCGCGGAAACUGUGGCACAUCAUCUAUAACGUGCCGGAAGACAAGAUUGGCGAGGUAAUCACAUUAUCUAAAAAGCGCGGGGCUGGUUUUGUCCAACUCACGGAUGACCUUCUACCCAACCCAUACGACAACCUGCCCGCCGACUCUUAUAUGACAAAAAUGAUGGCUGCAGUUGAUGGUGGUUCUCUUUUGAACAACGGUGCAUCAUCCUGGGCAUCUGGAAGCGCUGCGGGACAGGUUUUCGCGCUGAAACUCGUUGACUCGGAGUAUACGUCUGCCAAAAUUUCCUGGGACAAAGCUGCGAAUGCUCUUGCGUAUUCUGUGUAUUCGGGCGACAAGGUCCUUGCAAGUGUCCCAAGCUCAAUGACUCAAAUCACACUUGGUGGCCUCACACCGGGAAGUGGAUAUGCCUUUCAUGUACGUGCCUUAGGAGGGGCUGGCAAUAUGGGGCCCGCUUCCGAUCCAGUCACAGUCAACACGGAUGCUUUGCCAGGCGGGAAGACCGUCGCCAAUUGGAAAUCCACUCCGAAAGAGGGAUCCACUACAAUCAAGGCUGAAAUUCUUGUUCCUUACGCUUUCGUCCGCCUAUACAUCUGGUCCCGGGUAGGAUGCGACUUCGACACCAAUCCUGGAUGGAGUGUCAACUUCAAAGUCGACAAAUACGUCUGCACUCACUACAUGGUCGAAGAUACCACUUUGUACAAAUACACUGGCACGAUGCCUAAAGGCUCUACAGCUCCACCUUGGUCGUGGACAGCCAUCGGGACCGUCGAUGUCGAUAUCACGGGCUACACAUACACGUGGACAUUACCCAUUGGAACUAAUUCCGCUGACACAAGCAAGUUUGUCGUGCAGACACAAGGUUACAAUGUAGCGGAAAGCUACGUGGAGCCACGUGCGGACGACUAUGACUGCGAGGGCUCGACUAUGUGCUCAACUCCGGGAUUUUUGAAGUGGUGCGAUCAUGCCGUUAAUGUCCUACAUCGAGAUGAUGACCCUUUUUACCAGUCUAGUGGCGGCCUCAAUGGAAACUGUUGGGGCGAUCAGACUCGGGGUUGCCAGGUCUUUGUUCAGGGUGAGGGCUGCAGUAUCAGUGGCAACGACAUGUGGAAUGCCUACCAGAAUAUUCGCAACAUCGGCGGUUGUGGCAACUGUGGAUCAUAUCACAGGGGGGGCGGUUGUCUAGUCACUAUCGACUAUAAAUAUCAAUGCAACAACCACGGUUAG